AGGACUUUAACCCGAUCCUGAUCUGUUCCAGAUGUGCAGGCGAUCCUGCAGAGACUCGGCUCGGACCCGGCCCUGCUGGAGGACUCGGUUCUGAUUGGCUGCUCUCAACAGAACCAGGCUCAGUUCUGUGUGGAUGUCGGAGCAGUGGACCAGGUCCUGCUCGAGGAAGCCUGUGGAGGAACCUUCAUUGAUCUGAAGAAGUCGUUCUUCCUCCUCCCGGCAGCAGAGGCCCCCCUGGUGGCAAAGGGCCAGGCUCUGCUGCGCUGGCAUCAAACCAGCGGCUACUGCAGCGCCACGGGGCGCCCCACCACCCGCAACCGGGCCGGGACUCUCAGAACCUGCAGGGACACCAUCUACUACCCCACGAUGUCCCCCGUGGUGAUCGUCCUGGUGUCUGAUGGGAAACGGUGUUUGUUAGGCCGACAGCUGUCCUUCCCCCGGGGGAUGUACAGCGCUCUGGCCGGCUUCUGUGACAUGGGUGAGACUCUGGAGGAGGCCCUGAGGAGGGAGGUGGCGGAGGAGGUGGGUCUGAGGGUCCUCAGCGUCUCCUACAGCUCCUCGCAGCAUUGGCCGUUUCCUCACAGCUCCUUCAUGAUUGGCUGCCACGCCACUGUAAGCCCCGCCCACACUCAGCUGUCCGUGGACCAAUCAGAGCUGGAGGACGCUCGCUGGUUCAGUCUGGAGGAAGUCUCCACCGCCCUGCAGGUGAAGCCCCCCCAGCCGAGAGCCCCCCCCAAGCUGCAGGUGAAGCCCCAGCCCCCGAGAGCCCCCCCGGCCCCCCCCGCCCUCUGGCUCCCCCCCAAACACGCCCUCGCCAACCGUCUCAUCAGCGAGUGGGCGGAGCAACAGAGACGCAGCCGGGACGGAGACGGACGUCCAGCCUGAACUAGAGAUGG